AUGCCGCUGCUGGAGUCGCUUCUUGUGGCGCUCGUCUUGGUGGCGGUGCGCGCGUACGGUCAGCUGGACCCGGCUUCUAAACUAGUGUCAGAUCGAUAUGUGGUCUACUGGAACCGGACCAACCCGAGGUUCUACCGCGGCGACUACCACAUGGACGUGUGUAUUAACGACUACAUGGACAUCUUCUGCCCGCAUUACCUCAGCCCCAUGGCCACGGAGCGAGCCGAGCGCUACAUCCUUUACAUGGUCAACUAUGAUGGCUACACCUCCUGCGACCACACGGGAAAAGGCUUCAAGCGCUGGGAGUGCAACCGGCCCCUCUCCCCCAACGGCCCGCUCAAGUUCUCAGAGAAGUUCCAGCUCUUCACGCCCUUCUCGUUGGGAUUCGAGUUCCGCCCAGGCCGCGAGUACUACUACAUCUCUCCGGUCACUGACGAAAUGAGAAGACGAAGCUGCCUCCGCCUCAAAGUCUUUGUGAGGCAUGCAGAUAACUGUGAGCGCACCCAGGGCUCAGUGCUGGAGGUGGAGAGUGACCAGAGCAACUUCCUGGAGCCCAGAGAUGGCACCAGCCACGAGCCCCCGGAACCGUCUCGCCACGACUUCAACGCCUCUCACCGAGUCUCCACCCACUCGCUACUUAUAAGCUUCGCCAUCUUCCUUCUUGCCGCCAUCUUGUCAUCAUAG